CUGUGCGAAUUCGUGUUAAUUCCUACGUAAAAUAAAUUACCGCGAUUUUCAUCAUCUAAUGAUGGAUUUUUUUGGAGAAUAUCAGUUAUGACUGCGACGCAUUCUUCUCAUGACGAUGACGCCGACCAGCUGUUCCAGAUCCAGAGGGUGCACCCUGCCCGGAAGGGCGCGAGUUGGAGUGGCUGGUGUGUGCGGCCGGCGGUGACCACGCCUCCGCGGCCACGGGCGGGCGGGGAGAAAGCGCCGCGCAGCCAGGCCCGAGGACGAAGAGAGCUCGUCAGUCGGUCGGGCUCGGGCAGCGUUGAGAGUGCACGGAGGAGAUUUGCGUGCCAAGUGACCGCCGCAGCAGUGUCCCCGAAACGAGGAACAAGUGUCCCCCGCCGCAGUGACCCCCGGACGCCCCCGCCAUGGACACCCUCCUUCCGAUCAUCGCACUCAUCGUCCUCGCUGCCCCGCACCAAGCACACUCGCAACGUUACUCGGAGAGGACAAAAUAUGGCCGACUGGUCGGAGAAUUCAAAGAGUACGCGCACGGAAUCAAAGGCACCGUGUACGUCGUGGACGAGUCGACGCUUUUCAUCAAAGGCUUCGCGUACGAUGGCACAGGACCCGACGCCUUCUUCUGGGUCGGCAACCAGACGAGGCCGUCGCCAGAGGGUGAAAUUGUCCCCUACCCCAAGGACUACAAGGGACGAGAACCACCGAUUCUUCCUGCCAUAAGCAACGCCGACAUCAUUCUGCGACUUCCUUUCCCAAAAAGGAUAAGGGAUAUCAAGUGGUUGGCCGUUUGGUGUCGCCGUUUCACGGUCAAUUUUGGCGACGUUUUCAUCCGCCCAGACUUGGACAUUCCCAAGACCAAGGUGCUCCCUGAGUUCAAAAGACUGGCGCACGGCCUCCGUUCGGGCAACAUCAGCAUCCUGGACGCCAAAACCUUCUACAUCCCCAACCUGCACUACGACGGCGCCGGCCCCGACGCCUACUUUUGGGUCGGAAACGGGUCCGAGCCGAGCGAAUUUGGCUUCAAAGUGCCCAACGAGCGUGGAUCAUUGGAACCACUGAGAGGAUAUCAGGGCGAGGACAUAGAAAUCCAGCUGCCCAACAACCUGACCGUUUACGACAUUCAGUGGUUGGCCAUGUGGUGCGUCCAGUACAGACACAAUUUCGGUCACGUGAUGAUUCCUCCGAACCUGGACGUGCCGCCGGCUCUGGGCCAAACCAAAAUAACUACGACCAGCACGACGCAAGACCCGCUGCAAAUGCCCAAAAUGACAAAUUGCAACGUGCUGCUCAAAGAUCGGCUGCAGGUGCAGUGGGAAAUGCACGGCAACGAGGUGCAGGUGCAGCUCUCGGGAAGAAUCACCAUAAAUCAGUACAUGGCUUUCGGCAUCAGCGGCGAAUCGGGAAAAUCAGAAAUGAUUGGAUCGGACGUGGUGGUUGCUUUUUACGACAAGGACCAGAAAGAAUUCAGGGCUGUCGAUUACCACAUCACAAAAUAUGCCCAGUGUGAUGGAGCGGAAGGCGUUUGUCCCGACGAGAGAAUCGGCGGCAAAAACGACGCGAUGGUCAUUUCGGGCGAGCAAAGGGACGGCGUGAUCACCAUCACCUACAAGCGACCUCUGCAAACCAGGGACGGCAACAAGGACAAGUCCAUUCCCUCCGACUCGGACGUCAACGUGAUCGCUGCGAUCGGCCCGCUCAACUCGAGGAAGGAGGCGAACGCGCACAACGCCGACGACCGGACGAUCGGCGACCUUCGAAUCGACUUCAGCAGCAAACACGACCAUCAGUGCGCCACCACCCUGUCCGAAAAGAUUGAAGGGCCCGUCCUGAAGCCGUGGGAUCCUUUGAAAAUCGAGGGGACGAAAGAAUUCACUGCCCGAAUUGGCCCAACUGGAGGAAAAAGGGGUUAUAUACCAAUUACAGGUCAUCCUUCUUGGGGCAUUGCCUGGUACAUCAACGAUCUGCUGAUUCCUGAGAUCACCGUCGAGCGCGGAGAAACGUACAUUUUCAAGGUUGAAGGAGGCUUCGACCGGACCAACCCUGCCAAGUACCACCCCUUCUACAUCACAGACAGCAGCGAGGGUGGAUUCGGACAAAAGACGACCAGGGAGCAGUUGAGGCAGAGGGUGUUUGCCGGCGUUGGUUACGACUCGGAGGGAAAUCCGUAUCCCAAUUCCGCGGGUCGGUAUUGCGAAUGGGUGCACAAAACCAUUGACCAGUCGGCAAACGAGGAAACGUUCCAGAGUUUUACAAAAACGUUGCGAUUGGAUUGCGAAAAUGGCGAGCCAGCAAUUUUGAAUUGGACCGUUGCUGCAAACACCCCUAAUAUUGUUUACUACCAGUGCUACACACACAACAAUCUGGGCUGGAAGAUCCGAGUGACGGGCGCGUCUGCAGGCUUGAGCAGCGCCACGCCGCUUUACACGACCUCCGCGGCAGUGCUGGUGCACCUUUUGGUCUUGGCACUCAACAGGUGAACAAGAAACAGAGCGACUUACCUAUAAGCGUUUGCGUGAUCUUUACACUACGAGGGACAAUAAUUUUAAUGGAUAGGUCGAGAGCAAGAAAAUCGAAUUUUUUGCAGGAAAAAAAACGUAAAAGUCAAAUAUAUUAUAUGUGUAAACAAUUAAGUUAAGGAAACAGGUGUUUAAUUGUUUCAGGCUGGAGGAAAAUAAUGUAAUGUCGAGAUUUAAAUUAAACUGUGUGAAAAUUUUGUGAUCAAAUUAUUAAAAAAACAAAAUGUUAUUCGGAUUUGUCGAAGUACAAAAGCAUUUGUCGAGAGAUGGGGGGCCUUGUUUUUGCGGGAUUGACUCAAAUAAAGUUCUACAACAAAAUAGCUCAUGACGAGACAAUAAUUAUAAUGUAAUGAUAUGGAUUUUAACGAGUAUGUUAACAACUUUGUCUUAUAAUUUCUCAGUAGAUACAAUUUUUAAAAUUUCAUUUUUUACUAUAUACAAAACUUAUUACUGUGCAAUGUGGGAUGACAAUAAUUUUCACCUACUCUGCUGCAAAAAGCAUUACUGAGAUAAAUGAAUGAACUUGCGUCUGAAAAAGACAAUAAUUUUCACUGGUAUCAUAUUUAAAUAUAACUGAAAACAAUGAAACUGUUCGCAACUAUAUAUACUUGAAAUAUAUUUCCCCGAACCGAAAAAUAUUAAUAAUUUUUAUAUUAACUGAUGCGCCAAACGGCGAUCAGAUUUUGCUUCGUGUUAUAUGAAAUAAAAGACGAAACUAAUGUCGAGAUUUGUGGUCGAGAAGGAGAUGCGUAAUUUAAGGGUCACUUAGGGCCGCACACCGAAACUUUUAGGUCAAUUUCCCGAUGUUUCCGAACUUGAUAGUUCAAAAACGUGUAAAUAUUUCAGCGUUGUACAUAUCUGACAAUAAUAUAAAUCAUUUAGAGCUGUUAAAACCGGAAUUUCUGUUGCCACCGAAAAUGUUUCUUUGUAGAGAGGUUUAUGUAAUGUUACUAAUAACUGUACCAAAAUGUUAAAUACGAAACAAUGUCAGAGAUAAACUGUAAAAAUGUUAGAAUUUAUGACAAACUUCAUAUCCCUUUACAAAAUCUUUAAUUGCAAAAACAUAUCUCAACAAUAUCCAAAUUUUUACUUUUUUCCAUCUUAAAAUUAAGGAGAGUAACGCGCGCUGGCGCUUUUUAAUUUUUGCUCGAUGUUGGCUAGAAAUGUGUAAAGAUAGAAAUUGAUUUUAUUUUAUACUUUGAUUUUUACUUAAGAUUUUAGGUGUUGCAAAAUAUAGGAGAUUUAAUGUUGUUAAUAAUAAAGCUUCCAAAUUUCUCUCAAAUUUCAAAAAUUAAAAAUUUUCUGGACUCCAUUAAAAAGAUAAUAAACUUCUACUAGUAAACUUCACAGCCAUACAACAAAAAUAUAUACUCGCUAAGUUCUAAAUUAUUUUGCUGAAUUUGCACUUAAAAAAGAGUGAAAUCAAAAUGCCAUCAAUGCUAAUUAAGAGGUUCAUAAAAUUUGACCCUUUAUUUAAAAAAAUUUCAAAUCUAAUAACCAGCACAAUUUUCAGGUCUUAUUGUUAACUCUAAAAUUAUAUUCCAUUCAAACUUGCAACUAGAUUUUUAAUGUGCCAAGUGCCAAAAGUUAACAAGUUUGUUCUUAUCUCUCAAAAAGUUUAAAUUAAAUUUCUCAAAUUCUUAAUGGCUUGUUAAUUUUUGUUAUAAUAAUUCGAGUGCCUGCUUUUGCAAGGGAAAAUAUGAAAAAUCGAACUUAUUUAAUGACAAUAACAAAUGAUAAGUCCAGAUAUAUAAUCUAUAGGACAAAAACUGAAAAUGAAUGAAAAUAAUUUUUAAGUGUUGAACAAAGCUUUCAAUUAUUGUAUAGGUGGAGAAUCAAGAGGCAUUUGUUUCAAAUUAGAGUGCAUUUUUCUCAGCAUUUCCAUCCCUAACAGUUUUCAAGCUCUGAAAAAUAUCUCUGUAUAAAACGAUCUUGCUGUCUUUGCCAUCUAAUAAUUUUCUGUUAAAUGUACAUUAUUUUUUGCCGGAACAAUAAAUAUCUCAGUCUUGUUGCAUUCAA